AGUUUAAUAUACCCACGGGACACUGGGCGAAAAUGUUCAGUGGGAAGUUGGCUGGAUGAGCCUGAAACUUUUGAGAAAAGCUAUCAUUUUGAGUGGUGUCGGCCGAAGGUGCUGUUUAAAGUGGUGAGAACACCGCGGAGAGGGUGUGUGGCGGGAAGAACUGGAGGGACAGUUUGGCGCCAUGUGGAAGGUGAUCAUUUUGCUGGUCCUGUCAACAUUCAACUCCAGCGAUGGACUGUUUCAUUUCUUAUACCAAUAUGUCCAGGUUUCCCCACCAAAAAGGGGGGACCUAGGAAAGCCAUUAUUCCUUACCCCUUAUAUUGAAGCUGGGAACAUUGUGAAGGGGAAAGAAUUGAGUUUGGUCAGUCCUUUCCCAGGAACGAAUCUGAAGAGUUACUGUGGCUACAUCACCGUGAAUAAGACUUACAACAGCAACCUUUUCUUCUGGUUCUUUCCGGCUCAGGUACAGCCAGCAGAUGCCCCAGUAGUUCUCUGGCUACAGGGAGGUCCAGGAGGUUCUUCGAUGUUUGGUCUCUUUGUGGAACAUGGACCUUAUGUUGUCACAAGAAACAUGACCCUGCGCUUCAGAGACUUCUCUUGGACCACUACGUUUUCUAUGCUUUACAUCGAUAAUCCAGUUGGCACAGGCUUCAGUUUUACUGAUGAUCCCCGGGGAUAUGCAGUCAAUGAAGAUGAUGUGGCAAUAAAUUUGUACAGUGCACUGAUUCAGUUUUUCCAGUUGUUUCCUGAAUAUAAAGAGAAUAACUUUUAUGCCACUGGGGAGUCUUAUGCAGGGAAAUACGUGCCUGCCAUUGCACACUAUAUUCAUACCCUCAACCCCACGGCAGAGUUGAAGAUCAAUUUGAAAGGAAUUGCUAUUGGAGAUGCAUAUUCUGAUCCUGAAUCAAUUAUAAUGGGUUAUGCAGCAUUCCUGUACCAAAUUGGCUUGUUGGAUGAAGGGCAGCGAAAGUACUUCCAGAACCAGUGUGAUGAGUGUGUAAAGCACAUCAAGGAAGGGAACUGGACAAAGGCCUUUGAAAUAUUGGAUAGACUUUUGGAUGGCGACUUAACAAAUGAACCUUCUUACUAUGAGAAUGUUACAGGAUGUACUAAUUAUUAUAACUUUUUACAGUGCACGGAACCUGAAGACUAUACUUACUAUGGAAAAUUUCUGUCACUCCCGGAAGUGAGACAAGCACUCCAUGUGGGAAACCGGACUUUUAACGAUGGAUCCGAAGUUGAAAAGCACUUGCGAGAAGAUACAAUGAAGUCAGUUAAGCCAUGGUUAACUGAAAUCAUGAAUAAUUACAAGGUUCUGAUCUACAAUGGCCAACUGGACAUCAUUGUGGCUGCUCCCCUGACAGAGCGCUCCUUGUUGGCCAUGGACUGGAAGGGAUCCCAGGAAUACAGGACGGUGGAAAGGAAAGUUUGGAAGAUCUUUAAAUCUGAUGAUGAAGUGGCUGGUUAUGUGCGGCAAGUUGGUGACUUCCAUCAGGUGAUCGUUCGAGGUGGAGGACACAUCUUGCCCUACGACCAGCCUCUGAGAUCUUUUGACAUGAUGAAUCGAUUUGUUUUUGAAAGAGGGUGGGAUCCUUAUGAAGAAUAAAUCACUUUCGUGAAAGAACCCUUUAGGGGUUUUAAUCUUUGAAAAGAAAAACUUUUAUUGCAGAAAAUGUCAUAUAGAUAAGAAAAUUAUGUUUUUUAUACCUGCAAAGUCUUUCUUGUCAGUAAAAAUUAUCCUUGAAACAAAUGAGCUUUUUUAUUUUUUAGAGGGGGCGGGAGAUUGUUUAUUGCAAAAUUCACUUUUAAAAACUGCUGUACAUGAGUGAGAAUGACAUGGUUUAACUUCAAGGAUGCAAAGAGUGGGUUCUGUGAUGUUGCUUCAGAUGGAAAUGGAUAAGGGGGUGUUGGGGUCUUGCAUUGGAAUUUUUAAUUCUGCCUGAGAGUGUAUGAAAAGUGCAAUAAAGGAACAAAGUCGUAACA